CCCUGGGCUCCGGCGGGCACUCGCCCCUUCCUUGCCUUCCCUCGCGAUGCUGCUGCUCCAGCUGAGCCUGCAAGCCCUGAGGAGGAGGGAGGAGGGAGGCGCGCCUGGCUCCGGAGCAGCAGCAGCAGCAGGCCAGCCUUAGGCAGGCCCCCGCCGCCUCCAUGUCCUCGCUGCUGGUGACCAGCCCCCUACGCCUGGCUGAGGAGCUGGGGCUCCGGGAGGAGAACGAGGCGUCUACACAUGGCUCCUGGGAGGGAGAGGAGAGGUCGCCAGGACCAGGACCCACCGAUCGUGGUGCAACAUUUUGCCCUGCAAAUGAUCAGCCGAUAGCCAGAGUUCGACAGGCCAGUUGGAAGACUCAUGAAGAAACAGUAAAGAAAGCUAAAGCUGCUUGGCAAGUUUGGGCAGAGGUUCCUGCUCCCAAAAGAGGUGAAAUAGUGAGACAAAUUGGUGAUGCCUUGAGAAACAAAAUCAAAGUUCUGGGAAAUUUGGUUUCUUUAGAGAUGGGAAAGAUCUUUGUUGAAGGUGUUGGUGAAGUGCAGGAGUAUGUGGAUGUCUGUGACUAUGCUGUUGGCUUAUCCCGAAUGAUUGGUGGGCCUGUCUUACCUUCAGAAAGACCCGGGCAUGCCUUAAUAGAGCAAUGGAAUCCUGUGGGAUUAGUUGGAGUCAUCUCAGCAUUUAACUUUCCUGUAGCAGUGUAUGGCUGGAACAAUGCAAUUGCAAUGGUCUGUGGCAAUGUCUGCCUCUGGAAAGGUGCACCCACAACAUCUCUCACUAGUGUAGCUGUUACAAAAAUAAUUGCCCGGGUCUUGGAAGCUAACAAGCUGCCUGGUGCUAUCUGUUCUCUAGCAUGUGGUGGAGCAGCUAUUGGCACAGCAAUGGCAAAGGAUGAAAGGAUUGAUCUGCUCUUCACGGGUAGCACUAUGUGGCAAGCAAGUACGCUGAUGGUUCAGGAAAGAUUUGGAGUGAACUGAAGGUGUUUGCUGGAGCUUGGAGGAAACAAUGCUAUUCUUGUAUUUGAAGAUGCUGACCUGGACCUGGUCAUCCCAUCUGCUCUCUUUGCAGCUGUGGGGACAGCAGGCCAGCGGUGCACAACAACUAGGAGGCUGUUUUUGCAUGAAAGCAUCCAUGACGAAGUGGUAGCAAGACUUAUUAAGGCAUAUAAACAAAUCCGCAUUGGAGAUCCAUGGGAUGCUAACACUUUGUAUGGUCCUCUCCACACAAAGCAAGCCGUAAAGAUGUUUGGUGAUGCAUUGGGGCUGGCCAAACAGCAAGGUGGCUCUGUGGUCUAUGGUGGGAAGGUAAUAGACCGUCCUGGAAACUAUGUUGAACCAGCCAUUGUGACUGGUCUUCCUCAUAAUGCGCCUGUUGUUCACACCGAGACGUUUGCUCCUAUUCUGUAUGUCUUAAAAUUUAAGACAGAAGAAGAAGUCUUUGCUUGGAACAAUGAAGUAAAACAAGGCCUAUCUAGCAGUAUCUUUACCAAGGAUUUGGGCAGAAUAUUCCGGUGGCUUGGGCCUAAAGGAUCAGACUGUGGUAUUGUAAACGUGAAUAUUCCAACUAGUGGGGCUGAAAUUGGAGGUGCCUUUGGUGGCAAUAAACACACUGGUGGUGGAAGGGAGUCUGGCAGCGAUUCAUGGAAGCAAUAUAUGAGAAGAUCCACUUGUACAAUCAAUUACAGCAAGGAUUUGCCUCUUGCCCAAGGGAUCAAGUUCCAAUAAUUGCCUUGUGAAUGUGCUACCUUAGUUGAACUUGGCGUCUCUAAGAACCAAAUACCUGUUGAUUUGAACCAGCAGACUUAGCACCUGAAGAUCUUUUAACAUUGAAGAUAAUUGUAAUUGCUACCAUGUUCCCUUCCAGGAAAAUGCAAUUAUGUGACCUUUGCUAUCAUUUCUAUAAUGUAUCCAGAACUGUGUACUUGGGAGUUCAUGUCAAGUAUUCAUUGGGGAAGAAGGGUUUUAAAAUACCUAUCUGAAUGUAUCCAGAACUGUGUACUUGGGAGUUCAUGUCAAGUAUUCAUUGGGGAAGAAGGGUUUUA